AUGCUCUGGGGGUGCUUGCAUCCCGACCCCCAAAAGCGCCCCACCGCGCUUGAGCUUUUGCAAAGUAAGUACUUCUUGCUUGGGGCGUGGAUUAGCCCGAGGAAUAGGAAUGGAAACCUGAGAGGGGGCUUGGGUACGCAGCUCCCAGAGGAGCCGUGGGACGGCUGCGUUAACUUUGAGACGAUCGCGGAGAAGGCCGGACUUCCGGUGCUGCCGUCCGACCUUUACGCGCCUUUCCCAGGGAUCGCGACUCAGCCCCUUCACAGGAAGUAA